AGGAGAGGUGCAGCGGUCAGGAGAGGUCAUGGUGGCCAUCAAAGAGAAGACUGAGAACGGUCACGCCGUCUACUCGUCCUCAGAAGCUAUAACGUCAGUGCCCAGGCGACACCACUCGGUGCCCCACGCUCACCCCCCUCGCUUUAACCGCACGCGGAAGGGUAGCAGGUCGAGCUCCAUAGCUUACACGGCGUUCUCUCCCCGGCCCUCCAUCUCCCGCCACUCCAGUUUGGCCACCAACCCGCCGCUCGACCGCUCCAAGCCCAAAGACUACCUCAUCCUGGCCAUCAUCGCCUGCUUCUGCCCUGCCUGGCCCAUCAACAUCGUGGGAUUCGUCUACUCCGUCAUGUCCCGGAACAGUCUGGAACAGGGGAACAUCGAUGGAGCCCGGCGGCUGGGUCGGGUCGCCAAACUCCUCUCUACCGUCUCAGUGGUCGGCGGGGUCAUCAUCAUAGUGGCCUGUGUCGUCAAUUUAUCAAUAAAUGUGAAAUCCUGAGUUGUGCUACUGCUCCUGCUGGAAUUCAGCUCCACAUCAGACCACCGACCCGGAAGACCACGACACUGUCUGUCUCACCGCCGCUCUGACGUAAAAACAGAAUGCUUUGUUUAUGGACACACACACACACACCUUGAUUACGCUCUAAUUAACAGGAGUGUUAAUGCGAAGAUGCGUUUAACCUAAAACACCACCAUGAGAAAUGGAGCAGAAAUCCCCAUGAUGAUAUUAUAGACGUCAUUCUCAGCUUUCAGGGUCUGCAAGCAAAACAUCGAGUAACAAAAGCUAGAAUUUGAUAGUGAGUCCGGGUAUUCCUGCUGUGGAUAGGACGAACAAUUUAGUUUAGUAAUAUAAAUCUCACUUUUUUUUGCUUAACAGGAGAGUUUAAACCUGAGAAUGUUUGAAUCACUGCUGAGUCUGAAGAACUGAAGGCAGUUCAUGAUUGAAUAUGGAAGUUGAACUAAUUUUUAUAGUCGGUAUGGAGUACUAUGUUUUGGAUUGAUGUGGUGACCUUUUUCAUCAUCAUCAUUGUUAUUACCUGCCAAGCACCCACACAGACACGAUUGGCUGUGCCUGAGGUGGGGAGGUGAAAUGGGCUCUGCUCACGUAUCGUAGUGUGUGACUCUCCAAUCAGAUGUGAGUGUAACGUGUUAUUUUUGCAGGAAUCAUUUUAAGCUGCAUGGUCAUAAUCUGAUCGCCUCAGCUUAUCAAACAA